AUGACUUCAAUUGAUUAUUCUGAUCUUGCCGAUAGAUUAAUAUCAGCAUCAACUAAACAGAAGAUAACCAAGGAUCUUGAAACAAACCAUAUUCCUGAACGUGAAUUUAGAACAUUAAUUAAUCUACCUGUCCUUAAUGCCAUUCAUAACAAUGCAAAUUGUAUUGAGAAAUAUAAAGAUGAAAGUUCAAUCAAUGCUGUUUUGGAUACUAUUGAUUUGGCAGAAAUAUACGCCAAUGUGGAUAAACUAGAACAAGCAAAUACAAAUCCAGAUCUUCAAUAUGAUGAUUUUGUAGUUAAAGAAUUACUUCAAUAUUUUAAACAUAAAUUCUUUAAAUGGGUCAACAAGCCGCUGUGUACUACUUGUGGGAAUGACAACAAUGUUCAUGAUAAAGGUGCAUCAAGAUUCAACCCUGCUGAUCCUAACCCUAACAAUGUUAGUAUUAUUGAAUAUUAUCAAUGUUUUCAAUGUGGAGCCAAUCUUCAUUUUUCGAGAAUUAAUAAUCCUGUGUCGUUGUUACGAACAAGAGAGGGUAGAUGUGGUGAAUGGGUGAAUUGUUUCUUGUUGAUUUUACAAGCAUUGAUUGGAGAAGAUAAAGAUAGAAUUAGAUAUGUUUGGAAUCAUGAAGAUCAUGUUUGGUGUGAAUAUUAUUCAUAUGGUUUGAAAAGAUGGGUACAUUUAGAUCCUUGUGAAGCUGUAUUUGAUGAGCCUUUGUUAUAUUGUAAUAAUUGGGGAAAGAAAAUGAGUUUUGUUAUUGGAUUUAAUCAAACUUAUAUUAUUGAUUUGAGUAAGAAAUACAUAACUGAAGAAAAGCAGAUUCCGAAAGUUACUGUUACUGACGUUAAAAAAUUAAAUAAAUUAAUUAAAUUCUAUAACAGUAAGAAACAGGAAGCUUAUUAUAAAAUCCAAUAUCAACUAUUAAACAAUGAACGUGAUGCUCUUAUGAAAGUAUACAAUGAUAUUAUAUUACGUCAAAAUCAAGAACGUAUCAAGCAACGAACAACGGCAACACCAUCUUCACAAAUCCCAAUAGGAAGACAGACUGGGUCAUCUGAAUGGACUAAAGCACGUGGAGAAGACGGCUAA